AUGGCUCUGUCGUCGACAAAGCUGCCCUCAUUUCUAUCUUCUACUGUCAGCACAAGAGUUAUAAACGCACUUUAUCACAAAAAAGUUAUUGACCACUACGAACAUCCACGGAAUGUUGGGACACUCGAUAAGAAUGAUCCGAACGUUGGUACGGGCAUCGUUGGGUCACCGGCCUGUGGCGAUGUUAUGAAACUUCAAAUCAAGGUCGACGAAAAUGGCAAGAUAAUUGAUGCAAAAUUUAAAACAUUUGGUUGUGGGUCAGCAAUUGCAUCAAGUAGUCUGGCUUCCGAGUGGAUUAAAGGCAAGACAACAGAAUACGCUGCCAAGGUUAAGAAUGACGAGAUUGCAAAAGAGCUUUGCCUACCUCCAGUCAAACUUCAUUGUUCCAUGCUAGCUGAGGAUGCAAUCCAGGCAGCUCUAAAAGACUAUAAGAAAAAGCAGGAAAAAUCGAGUGGCUGA